AUGGAUCACAUUCUUAAAGAUAAUAAUAAUAUUAAUAAAAAUAAUAAAGAUAAUGAAAUAUUAUUUUUUAAAGUUUUUAGAAACCAUUUUAUAUUUAAUGAAAUAUUUAAACAUGUUAGGCUAUAUGAUUUACAUGAAUCAAAAGCUUAUAGUAUAAAUUUAAAGGAUUCUAAAUAUAAAGAUUAUAUUAAAUAUAUAUUUGAUUUUAAUUUUUCAAUUAAAAAUCAAAAUAUUUUAACAAAUUUUAAAGAAUUAAUUAAAUUAAAAUUUAAUAAAGAUUUUAAUAAGAAAUUAAAAGCAAAUUCAAUACCAAAUACAAUUAAAAUAAUUAUAUUUAAUAAAAAUUAUAAACAACCUAUUGAUUUAGGUAUUUUACCAUCAAGUUUAGAAUAUUUAAGUUUUCAUAGUUUUUAUAAUGAUUCAAAUUUUACAAUAACAAGAAAUUUAUUACCAAAUUCAAUAACAACAUUAAUAUUCGAUAAUGAUGAGCAUAAUGGAUAUGAUGCAUAUAGAAAUGAUAGUGGUUGUUUUAUAGAUUUAAACAUUGGAGGGAUUUUACCAAAUUCAUUAACAAAAUUAAAUUUACCAAAUAAUUUUAAUACGAAAUUAAAUUUCAAAUCAUUACCAAAUUCAAUUACAAGUUUAAAAUUUGGUCUUUAUAACGAACCAUUAGAAGACAAUGUUUUACCUGAUAAUUUGGUUGAAUUAACAAUGGUUUGUUUUAAUAGAGAUUUCCACGAAAAUACAUUUACAAAUUGUAAACAAAUUAAUAAAUUAAUUUUAUAUAAAUUUAAUCAAAAAAUAAGUGGUACGAAUUUACUACCAAAAAGUUUAACACAUUUAGAAUUACUAUUUUUUAACCAACCAAUAAUGGAUACUACAAAUAAUAGUUUAUUACCAAAUAAUUUAAAAUAUUUAGAUAUUACAUAUUAUAAUAUUGAUAAUAAUAAUAAUAAUAAUAAUAAUAAUAAUAAUAAUAAUAAUAAUAAUAAUAACAAUAAUAAUGGUUCAUUAUUUUUACCAAAUUCCAUUGAAACUUUAAUCAUCAAUAAAAUAAAUUUAUUUCCAUCAUUUCCUAAUUCAUUAACUUCUUUAGCAAUGUCAUAUGAAAACAAAGGUUAUAUUUUUAAAUUAUUAAGCCUUUUACAAGAUAUUAAUUUAAACAAAUGUGUUUUCAUUAAAUAUAAGCAAUAUAUAUACCCAAAUUCUAAUUUGGUAAGUCUUGUUUUUCAUCCAUCUAAAAUAAUUAUGGAAAAAGAAAAAGAAAAUGAAAAUGAAAAUGAAAAUGAUGAAUUUUUCAACCAAAAAAAUAUUAAAAUAGUAGAAAUAAAACAAAAAAAUUUUAAUUGGUCAAAUUUACUAGAAUUUAGAUAUUUAAAAGAACUAAUAUUUGAUAAAAAUUCAACUUUUAAUAAAAAUUUAAUUAAAGGAAUUUUACCAGAUUCUUUAGAAAGAUUGGAGUUUGGAAAACAUUGGAAUAAUGGUGAUAAUAAAAAUGAAAUAAAUUUUUAUGGAAAAGAGCUUAAAGUUGGUAUAUUCCCAAAUCAAAUUAAGUUUUUAAAAUUUGGUAAAUUAUUCUAUAAAUCUAUUAAAUUAGAGGCAUUACCAACAUCUUUAAUUAAACUUUGUUUACCAAAGAAAUCAUUACUUUUAUUGCCUAAAAAUUACAUUUUAAAAUUCAAAAUAUCUUUAUUAAAAAAAAAAAAUAUAUAUAUUAAAUAUUAA